AUGGGUGGGAAAGCUCCAGCUGGGCACCAAAACCACCUGCAAGAGCGCCCCAGCCACCAGAAGAGUCCAGAAGCCUCACCUCUACAGGCCUGGCACUGCAGCUCGCCGAGAGAUAUGAUGCUACCAGAAAUCCACCGAGCUGCUCAUUUGCAAGUUGCCCUUCCAACACCUUGCCCAGGACUUCAAGACCAACCUGUGAUUCCAGAGCUCCGCCAUCAUGGCUCUGCAGGAAGCCUCUAA